CGUGCGCGCGCGCUCGUCCCAGCUUCGCACCCGGCCCGCGCACACCCCGGCUCGUUGCCUCUCGGUCCCCUUGUCUCGCGCCUUCUCCACCCCUAGAAGUUGCCCCGGGGCCCCUCCCGGAAGGAGAGGACGCUGUGACGGGCAGAUGUUGGGGGUCUUUUGUGCAGACACAUUCGCCGGGGGCGCUUGCUCCUGGAAGGACAGCGGCAGGACAAAGCCAGCUGGACUUGUGGGGCGCUGCUCGGAAGCGGCGGUCUCCAAUCCCGCCUGGGGUGGGGGCAUGGCUUGGGGAGCGCUGCGCGGGUCUGGAGAGAGUAGAGAAAUCGCCAAAACAGAGUGACGGUGACUUGAUGAGGUAGCGGACAGGGGCAAACGAAAGACAGAUGCUCCGGAUUGCCGCGCUGUGUGUCUGUCUGCGCGGAUAACUAGGCGCCCCGCAUUCCCACAUGACCGGGUUACCUAGUAGAUUUUGCUAGUGUGUCUUUGCCCCAAGAUGUUAUUCUCCACCCGCUCCGAUUUCUUUUUCCUAGGGCUUACUGUUGCUAGUAGACGCUCUGCCACCAGAGGAGAACUCGUGGGCGGGGGAUACUGCGGAGGAGAGGGGAGGUGGUUAUUUAUCCUAUAGAGACAAUUAGGAGCCGUGACGCCCCCUUCUCGGCCGCCAGCCCUCCACACCUCAACCGCCUUGCUCCACCUCCCCAGUGUACCCGCUCCAGCCCCGCCGGCCCGGGAGGGCGCUUGGAUUUCCUUCUCUAAGGCGCGUAUCUAACCCUUCCUGCAUGUAUUUCACUGCAGGCUGAAGAAAGCUCAGUCUCAAUUGUGUUUCCUGCCUGUCAGCCUCUUGCCUCCUAAACGCGUACCAUUUCCACUUGAUGUCAUCAUGCAGAAGGGGGUGAAAGAGACUCGGUGACAGAUUCAGAAAUGAACACACCUGUGAGUACUGGAUGCCUGUGAGCUCGCCAUCACCCGCACUGCAAAGACACAGGGCGGCAGCCUCUGAGAAGCGCUCCUUCCCCUUCACCUUGGCCUUGCCCUUCCUGCUCACAGUCCACCAUGGAGACGCUGUCCCAGGACUCUCUGCUGGAGUGUCAGAUCUGUUUCAAUUACUACAGCCCCCGGCGCAGGCCCAAGUUGCUGGACUGCAAGCACACCUGCUGUUCAGUGUGCCUCCAGCAGAUGAGGACCAGCCAGAAGGACGUGCGGUGCCCCUGGUGCCGCGGUGUCACCAAGCUGCCCCCCGGCUUCUCAGUGUCGCAGCUCCCCGAUGACCCGGAGGUCCUGGCUGUCAUCGCCAUUCCACACACUUCCGAACACACCCCGGUCUUCAUCAAACUUCCCAGCAAUGGGUGCUACAUGCUGCCCCUGCCCAUCUCCAAGGAGCGUGCGCUGCUGCCCGGAGACAUGGGCUGCCGCCUGCUGCCCGGGAGCCAGCAGAAGUCCGUCACCGUGGUGACCAUCCCUGCUGAACAGCAGCCUCUGCAAGGUGGGGCUCCCCAGGAGGCAGCGGAGGAGGAGCAGGACAGGCGGGGCGUGGUGAAAAGCUCCACCUGGUCGGGGGUGUGCACUGUCAUCUUGGUGGCUUGCGUCCUGGUCUUCCUCCUCGGCAUCGUGCUCCACAACAUGUCUUGCAUUUCUAAGCGCUUCACUGUGAUAUCCUGUGGCUGAACAGGGCUACAGGGAAGUCUCUUGUGGGUGCCAACUUAGGGGUUGAGCAGGUUGAUGAUGAGAUCCCGGUGAGAAGAUGGGGGGCGACACUGACCAUUUGGUGCUGAGCGCUGGCCUCUGCAUUGCCUCUUGAUUACCCCAAAACAGACACAAAGGGCAGAAGGUGAGGUCUCAACAAGAUACCAAGCGAAUUGUUCUGAGUGUUGAUGGCAACAGCUUGGAAGAUGAUUGCAUGCAUCCUCAUAAUCAUGUAUUCAAUGGACUGUAAUUUAUGAUUUUUCAAAAUCAUGUUACGAGAUAGACAUAUUCUACUUAGACGUGAAACUGUACAAGUGCGUACAAUGUGACCUUCUCUAAAUGUGGUAGAUUCAAACAAAGAUGCUAUGUAGACAAGUAGAAUUAAACCUGCGAAUCCGUGUAAAAAUUCAGUGAAGACAUGCACUGCUGGCUUCUUUACUUUUUUUUUUCUUUUUGUUGAAACCCAGUCUUCAUUUAGUUGCUAAGGCUUUUAUACGUUUUGAAUGGCACCAAAACAAAAUAAGUCAAAAUGGACAGUCCUUUUUUUUUUGGAGAAAAUAUUUGAACAAGUGUCUCCAAUGUGUUGUGUUUUGUCAUGAACCUUCAUUUUCUUCACUUGUAAUUAGAACUUGCUACGUGUUUAUGAAACUGAAAGCUCAACAGGGGAGCAAUAAACCGAGAAAUCAUGAGAAAUGUGUAAUCCCACAGGAAACCUGUAUGCCGAUUUUUCUCAAGCCAUCUCACAAACAAGAAUUUCAAAUGUAAAUACUGUGUAUUUGUGUGUGUAUGUAUGUGUGUCUAAUUUGAUUUACCUCAGGUGUUUGAGUCUUUGCUGAAGAAUCCUGGAUUAAGACUUAAUUGGGCAUGAGUGAGUCCAGCCUCUGAAGCGGUGGCCACUUCAUGGACAUCUUGACCCAGCAGGGAGUCUCCUGCCCGUCACCUGCAACACUUACCCCUCAUCUGUGUAUUGAAGUCCUGCCUUUUGUAAGAGGCAAAUGGAGAGUAACAGAAGAGUGUCUUUUCUUCUGGUUUUGGAGUCUCGUGCUGGCCAUGAGUGUUGUGACUGACGGCCAACCCGGGAGGGCAUUUUAAUAGAUGGUCUGUGAUUCUUUUUUGAAAGAUGCUCUUCCACAAGAGUUAAGCCAGUUAGAAUUCCAGUUUCCUCUUGUUGAUAUGAGAGAGAAGAUCUUCUGCAUUUUAACAGUUUUUACUGAGAAAAGUGGCAAGGUAAACUAACAGCUGAAAUUCCCAAUAUAAGUGGACCAGUUCCUCAUAAACUGUCAAAUAUUCUUAAAUGUGUAAUGAUCUAUAGAUGCUCAUGAAGAAAGAUCUGCCAGAAGUGAGUGAUAAAUUCCUAUCCCUGGGUGCAUGUGCAUUCAGAAAUAGCUGUGAGCUUUACAGUUCUCAUCUAACUUCUUUUAAGGAAUUCAUGAAGCAAGUGGUAUGUGACAAGGACUCCACUUAAAAAUAUAACUGUUUUUAUGUUCCACUGAAUCCCUGAAAAUGGUGAGGAGGGUGGGGGGAAGUGAAGGAAAGACAAGCAGGGCUAAUUCCGAAAAGCAAGGCUAGAAAAUAGCCCUGUGAGGUCAAGACAAUUUAAUUUAUUUACAUGCUACCUGUUAUUUUCAAGCAGCACAAAAUAUGCAUAUAAAAGUGAUGGAAUUAAUGUGAAAUAAAACAAAAAUAUAGUGACUACAAUACAAAGCUAAUACCGCUAAUUGGCAUGAGAAUUUCAACAUAAAAUUAUGAGCUAUGAUUUUUCAAAUUUGUCAUAAAACCUUUAGGAAAUGUAUUUGAAAGCUCAAAAUAGAAAUUAGGUUAAAAUGCCAUUUUAUUGUGUAAGCUCUUGGACAUUAUGCAACAAAUAAUCUAGGAUUUAUUUCGUAUUAAUAAUUUAGGUAUCAUAUUAGCUGAAUACUAUCCUCUAUUACAUAACAUAAUAUACUGUUGGGUUAGUGUCAAUUUCUCAAACUCUCCCAGGCUGCUGUAAUGCAUGUCUGACCUAAUUUCUAUUUCUCUUGGAGGAAAAUACACACACACACACACAAACACACACACACACAAACACAAACACACACCACAGAAAUGUUGCAUUGAGAAUGCUACAUUUCAAAUAGACUUUACCCUUGCAAUUUUAAGCUAUGCCAUAUUCAGAUUAAUUUUGUGAGUGAUAUCCGCAUAUGUUUCUGUACAGUAUGAAAUGACUGAUUCUGUAGUGUAGUACGUGGUAGAGUUCUACUUGUUAAAGUAGGUUAGAUAUAGACACUAAUGUGUGUAAUGAUAGUGUCCUGUGUUUCUUAGUGCAAAUCUGUAAAAAUGUCCAUAGAACUUUUACUUAAAAACAAUCCUGUGCUAGAGCUGCCAUUAAGCGUGCAAAAUUAAUCAGCUGUAUGGUAGAUUCUUGACCUUAAAUUUAACAAUAACAACCCAAAUCAGAUUAUUAAUUUUUUUUUUUGCGAGUCUUACUGACCUAAGAAACAUUGUUUAAAUUGUUUAAAUGGAUUCUACCUGCAGUUAUUUGUGUACCUGUUUGUUGGGGUGUGCAUUCUUUUGUGUGUGUGUGUGUGUGUGUGUGUGUGUGUGAGAGAGAGAGAGAGAGAGAGAGAGAGAGAGAGAGAGAAUCUCAGUCUGCCAGAUAGAAUUUUAUAGGCUUAGUGAUGUUUUAAUGUUGCUUGGCAUCCCAUUGCUCUGGCCUCUUCUGGAAUUUACCAAUGACCCUUACCAAACACAUCUACCCAUGUGACCAAAGUCCACUGACACAAGAGGCCAGAAUUCAUACUUGCACAUUAAUGAAAAGUCACAACUGGAAAGCACAGAAAGUUAGAGCUGAAAGCAGCCUCCGGUGGCUUCAUUUUGUAGAUUAGUCCAUUUUGUAAUUCUGCAGACAAGGGGGGAUAUGAACUUUGCACUGCAGUGUCUUCUUGUUCCAUCCUAGGUGUGUCCACAUCUCAAUCUGGCUAUGAUCCUUUCUAGGGUUGAUGAAUACCCUUUAUUGAGUCAACUACUACUUUAAAGGAUUUUUUUUGUAGGUUUAUGUACUCAUUUUAGUUAGCAUCUACCUCUCUGGGAAAAUGAAAGGAGGGUUGACUUAGGGAUGAGUAUAGAUGUUGAAAGACAACUAUCAAACCAUGUGGUUUGAGUUUUUAAAAUUGUAAAACAUUGGUGUCCAAACCUCCCACCCCACUUGUAUGUAAAGGACAGUGAGUGUUGUGUAAAUAGUAAACUAUAAGAAGCAUGAGUUUUCAUCUUUAUUAAUGAUCUUGAAAUAAGUAAGAGAAUGCUUAAUAUGUUAAGUAGAGCCAAGAAUGCUACUAAGAAGCAUUGUCUUUGGAAAAAUUUUGUAUAAUGACUUGGGGCAUAAGUUGUGAUGAAAAGGCAACUCGGUUUUCGGUUCCAGUCAUACUUAGUGAUCAGAAAGCUCUAAGAUAUUUUCUUUAAAAAUAGAAUUAAGUUUAAUUUUUUGCAUGGCUUACAGAUUGGGUCCCUUGAAGGUUAAACCAUGUGAUGGUAUAACCCGUGAGAUCUUCUAGAUGGGCUCUGUUCAGUAGGGCUUUCUGUGAUGAUGGAAAUGCUCGAAAACCUGUGCCAUCUGGUAUAGUAGCCACCAGACUUUUAGGCAGUUAAAAUGGGGUUACUACAAGGUAAGAACUGGAUUUCAAAUUUUAUUUAAUUUUAAUUAGCUGAAAUAUAAAUAGCCGUAUGUGUCUAGUGGUUGCCAUAUUGAACAAUGCAGUUCUGGGUGAUUGUGCUUGGAGAUCUAGCAUCAAGGUAUUAAUGGUGUAACGGUGAGGCUAAGAAAAGAGUUUGUGGGCUAGGAACAUGCAGGUGGAAAAAGGCAAAAAAUUCCUUUCUGGGCUUAAAAAGUGUAUGAUCUCAAGUAUGACAGUAAAAAUUCAUUGUUGCCCUUUGGAACUGUUGCUUACAGACUGUAGACCAAGGAAUGAUCAGUGAAGCUUAAAGAGUGCUUUAUUAAGCUGCUUUUCUGGGAUCAUUAGUUGCAUGUGAACCUGUUGUCCAAAAAUAGUAGUUAGACAGUAGCUGUAAAACGUUUGACUUGCAAGCUAUGCAUGACCCGUACUGUGAAAUUGGGUCUUGUGGCCAAAAAAUAAAUGUUACAGGGAAAAAAAAAAAAAAAA